AUGCAGUCAUGGACCGGUACCGGCAGCCGUUCCCUCUUUUGCGCCCUGCGGACACUAGCUCGCCCGACUGAGCGACCGUUUAUGACGACUUCCGUUCUGCAACGAUCGAAGCGAGGGAAACCAAAGGAUACCAAUACGGCAGAUGCGAAGAAAGCCGCCAAGGUGUGCCCUCGUGUCCCUGAAUCAACCGUUGCCAAAGCGCUAUCGGUCGCUUCGCCUAAGAAAUCAGUUCGACAGAAUGUCGCAGCGGCGCGAGAUUUCAACAACGUGGUGGCGGCGGCGUUGCGCGACGUGCGAUACAAGCUCCACCAGGCAAACGCGUCGCUGGCGCGAUGGGACCAAUUUGAGCGCCAAACCUUGAACGCUUGUCUAGCAGAUGACUCGAAAACCGGCGCUAAAUGGGGCCCUUUAAGGCACAUCAAAGUGUCGUUGCAGAAAGCGUAUCUGACCUCUGGGGUACAAGGCUUGCGGGACGAGUUGGAAUAUAUGAUGUAUGCAGAUGGUCUCACGGCGAAAUACUCGACCCCGAACCUACAAGAACAGAUGAAGGUGGCCGAUUGCCGAUAUCCCGCCGAGUGGUACCCGCACGCUCGCUCCAUUCAACGAACCAUUCACCUUCAUGUAGGCCCCACAAACUCCGGAAAAACCUACCAUGCCUUGCAACGGCUUAAGAAUUGCAAAAACGGGUUCUAUGCGGGGCCACUCAGGCUGCUGGCCCAGGAGGUAUAUCAUCGAUUCAAAGGGGAUGGGGUUCCGUGCAGUCUGGUGACGGGCGACGAUGUCAAAGUUCCCGAGGAUGGUGAACUACCGCGCGUCGUGAGCAAUACCGUGGAGAUGGUCAGUCUUGGACAGAAAUAUGAUGUUGGAGUUAUCGACGAGAUCCAAAUGAUAGCCAACUCAAAACGAGGCUGGGCGUGGACACGGGCGGUACUUGGAUCGCAGGUUUCAGAGUUGCACCUGUGUGGCGAGACACGCGCGGUGCCCCUGAUUCGUGAGCUAUGUGCGCUCACGGGAGAUAUUUUGGAGAUACAUCGCUACGAGCGGUUGAACCCGCUAGAAGUGAUGGACCACAGCCUGAAGGGUAACCUGAAUAACCUUGAGAAAGGGGAUUGCCUCGUUGCCUUCUCACGGGUCGGCAUCCAUGCCUUGAAGGCUGAUAUCGAGAAGACCACUGGAAGGCGAGCAGCCAUCGUCUACGGCGGUCUGCCGGCUGAGAUUCGAACCCAGCAAGCCAGUCUGUUCAAUGACCCAGACAAUGAGUACGACUUUCUCGUUGCAAGCGACGCAAUCGGUAUGGGGUUGAAUUUGAGCUGCAAGCGCGUCAUAUUUGAGACUGUUGUCAAACGUCUUCCUAGUGGCCUUCACCGACUCACCGUGCCAGAGAUUAAACAAAUUGGCGGAAGAGCCGGUCGAUAUCGUCCAGCCAAUGCGCAGGGAGAUGCAGACGGUAAGGCCAAUGUUGGUCUCGUCACGUCCCUGGAAGAGGUAGAUCUUCCAUACAUUCAACAGGCGAUGCGUCUUGAACCGCCGCCACUUAGCGCCGCCGGAAUCUACCCGCCCGAGUCUGCCUUCUUGAAAUUUGCCGCCUACUUCCCUCCCAAAAGCGUCCCUUUCGAAUAUCUGCUUAAACGUCUCCUGGAUAUCUCGCAAGUCAGCUCGACAUUCUUUAUGUGUGAUGCAUCCGACCAAUUAUCCAACGCUGAAAUCAUCGACUCGGUGGAUGGGCUUCGUACGGAGGACCAGUUGGUCCUCAUGACCUCACCGAUGGACAACAAGGAUCCCUCCUCGCGCGACGUCACUUGCGCCCUUGGUGAUUGUGUAGCUAACCACACCGACGGGCGAUUACUGGACAUUCCCCAUCUCAACCUGGAAAUCCUUGAACAGGCCGCCUCCGGGAACAGAGACUAUAUGCACGAGUUGGAGAAACUUCACAAAGCCGUCAUCCUAUACUCGUGGCUGAGUUUCCGAUUCGGGGGCGUGUUCACAGAUCGGACCCUCGCGGCGCAUGUCAAGGAGCUUGUGGAAGCGCGAAUGGUUCGGGCGCUGACCGAGUUCUCUGCCAACAAGAAGUUGCGCAAGGAUUCUUCGCUGCGACGCCAGAUCGCGCUGCAGAAGCAGAUCCUGGAUCAGCAGCGCAUUAUUUCUGAUGCCGAUCUUAUGUCACCCCAUGGCGAAGGUAACCAGAUGAACGUGGAUUUUUCCGAAGAGGGCGCUAUGGAGAAACCAGAAAAGAGCACUUUGGGAAGUGCAUCGCUUGAAGACGGGAGCUCAGCUGAGGACUCUUUUGAAGAGAAGCCUCCUGAGGCGCAGGCUUCAUCUGGAUGA